GAGGCGGAAGAGGCGGCGGCGGCGGCCUCUGCAGGGAGGAUUCGGGGCCCUCCCCCUCGGACGCGCCGGAAGCCGAGCGCCCGGCCCGUUUGGGGAUCCCGGCAGGCAUGGGUCGCAAGAAGAACAAGCAGCGGCGACAGGACGCCAAAUUGCGGCGGGUCGUGACUUUUGACGAGGAAAGCCGACGCGAGUACUUGACUGGAUUCCACAAGCGCAAGGUGGAAAGGAGGAAAAUUGCUCUGGAGGAGAUAAAGGUCAAGCUGAAGGAAGAGCAAAAGAGGAUGAAGGAUGAGAGGCACAAGGAGUACAUGAAGAUGUUGAAGGAGCGAGAAGAAGCCUUAGAGGAAGCUGAUGAAUUAGAACAUCUGGUGACAUCCCGCACAGAGUCUGUGAGCUAUGACCACCCAGGCCACACAGUCACUGUUACCACCAUCAGUGACCUGGACCUCUCAGGAGCGCGCCUGCUGGGGCUGAACACCCAUGCGGGAGAAGAAGAUGGAAUGAUAAAAGAAGAUGACGUCUCCCUCAAAUCUGCUGGUACAGUUUCCAAGAAAUCAAGAUACCCUUUCCUGUCUCAGAGAAUCUCUUCACUUACUGCUUCACUGCAUUCCCGGAGCCAGAAAAGGACAAAAGGAAAGCAGACCAGAGGCAGUCGAGGCGUUAACAAAAGAGCCCCCAAACCAAGCACGGGGCGAACGAGCAAGGCACAGCGCCGGAAGAUGACAGGCAAAGGGAGUCGUGCCCAAGAAUGAGGGGCAAGCUGAAGUCAAGCUUGUGGGCUUGUAGAGGACUGCUAAUUAAUGAACUCUGACUUAACAAUGAAAGCCUAUUUUUGAAUGAGUGACAAGGUUUGCCCUGCUGGGGGCUGCAGAGAAGGUGCAGAACUUGCUUGAAAUAAUCCAGGUGCCCACAAAUGCAGCACCUGUGAAAUCCUUGUGAUGCACAGGCUAGGCAGGUGUGAGUCUGUUUAGAGCCAUGGCUGAGGGUGGCGGGAGGUUGCCAGUAUUAAAUUGUCACAUCAUACCAUGGGGAGGAGGGGUGCUGAUUUAGAUUCGUGUUCUGGCUCUUACCUCUCCUUGUGGAGCCCUCCUGCAGAGUUCAAGCAUCCUCUCUGGGAGCUCUGGAGCUAAGCCCACAAGUGGUUGAGCACAGAGACAAAAGGCAGCACCUCAUCCCUUUAUAAUUCUCUUUUUAUAUAUUUAUAAAUGUGUCUUUUGGAAAAAAGACUGUGCUUUUGUUUCUCAUGGAUCUUUUUGCCUUUGAGCAGGGAAAAUUAAUUCUUAUGGUUUGUCCUGUAUAUACACAGCAUUUUUGACUAAAGACGCUUUGCAACCUU